AUGAUAGAGAUCGGUUCCAAAUCCAAACCACCUGGAAUAGCCAAAACGGUGAUCAAUGUGAACAUCAGUACCUCCUCAUCCGAUUCAGAAGACGAUGCAUUCUACAUUAAUAAACUACUUGUUGCCGCUUCACUUAAUCGAAAAUGCAACCGUGGCCUUGCCUCCACUAUCAACAGUGAAGACGGCGAAAACGAAGAAAAGCAACAGAUGUAUAGUCUCCUGAUAUAA